AUGGCUAGACCUGUGAGCUCUGCCACCAGAGCAGCUGUAGGUUCAUCGACUGCCACCAUUACAUUGGAGAAUCCGGAGGGAACAUCUUCUUCAUCGUCGUCUAGUCAGCCGCAGAAGUCAAAUACUCUAACGAUUCGCCUUAACCGAAAGAAAAAGCAAGUAACCUGGAAAGAAGGGACUGUGGACAACGAGUUUAUGCAGAAGAAAAGUUCGAAAAAAUGUUGUAUUUUCCAUAAACAGAAGCCUUUCGAUGAAGACGACAGUGAUCAAGAAUAUGAAGAUCACCACCACCACGACAAGGACGACAUUAAGGGAUGUUGUUUUAAUUAA